GAAAACGUCACUGAAACACUGACGAUUUUACCACCACUGGGCUCCUAUGUAAAAACAACAAAAGACUUUAAAUUUAAUGAAAACAAGCCAAAAUGGCCUCAAACAGCAUGCCUGAAGAGAAUUUCGAGGGCGGAGACUUCAACUUUGAGGACGACGCCGAUGACGAGCAAUUGGUGGCAUCGAGCACAAAUUCUGGAAGGAAGCGCCUCUUUAGCAAAGAGCUGCGCUGCAUGAUGUUUGGCUUUGGUGAUGAUAAAAAUCCCUAUACCGAGACAGUGGACUUGCUCGAAGAUCUGGUCAUAGAAUAUAUUGCAGAGACGACACAUCGUGCCAUGGAGAUUGGGCGGACAGGUCGUGUGCAAGUGGAGGAUAUCAUAUUUCUGGUGCGCAAGGAUCAGCGCAAAUACGCCAGGGUCAAGGAUUUGCUGACGAUGAACGAGGAGCUGAAAAAGGCGCGAAAGGCCUUCGAUGAGAUCAAGUACGUGGGCAACGAGGGAAAACUCAAAUGACACAGGCACAAGCAAACCAAGUCCAGGCACACCCGCAGCCACUCCUAGAGUUAAGUUUAGUUUAGAUUUAAGAUGAAUGUGUUCUUUAAUACUGUAGCAAUAAAUUAAUCAAAAUAGUCCUCAA